AUGUCGGAGACCCCCCGGCCGUCUCUGAAGCUCACCUUCAACAAGAACAAGGCGAAAGCAUCAGCGCCCUCGACCCCAUCUCAACCUGCCCCUCCUACGCCAAAGCCAACGGAGACUCCCCAACGCAAGAUCACGCUCAAGAUCCCACGGAAACCAUCCGUUGCCGAAGGAGCAGGAGAAGAUGAAAAGCCGAAGAAGAAAAAGCCGUCCAAGAAGCGCCCAGCAGAGGGGCCCGCGGUACCAGAACCGUCCGUCGCCGCCGCCGCCGCGACCGCAUCCGCUGCAGCAGGCCCCAAACGCCUCAAGCUGAUUAACCCGGCCAAGAAACCCGGCGUGCAGUCUAUCCGAAUCAAGAACAAGGGGCUGGUCCCUAAUCGCCCGACCGGUGUUGGCUACGAUUCGGAAGCCUCCGACACGGAGAUCGAUCCCGCGAUCGAAGAGCAGUUUAUCCUACGCAUGCUGCCCGGGGACGACUGUGAAUAUCUCCGCCGUGCCAUCGCCGAGCGCCGCUUCGACCGAUCGGAGUUCUCCUUCAAGCCGCUGACGCGCGAAGGCCGCCGUGCCAUCUUUAAGGUCCGCGACCGCCAGUACGCCGCCGCGCUGGUGGACUUGCCGUGCAUCAUCGAGGGUAUGAAGAGUUGGGAUCGGCGCGGAUGGUACAAGUCUGCGGAUAUAUGCCAGAUGCUGCUGAUCCUGGGCCCUGUGGCCAAUGAACAGGAGGCUCUGGAUUAUCCAAUACCGGACGAGGUUUCCCUGACGGAUGACAAGAACCUGCAGUAUCCGCAUGGUCUGGCGCCGCCUCUACGGUGGGUUAGAAGGCGUCGGUUCCGUGAGCGGGUCAGCACCCGGACGAUCGAACAGGUCGAGAAAGCGGUGGAGGAGAUGGUCGCGCAGGACGAAGCCUCGAUAGCCCCGCCUCGCUACGAGUUGGUGGACGCAGCCUCGUUGAAUCGGAACGAGGGUAUAGUGCAAAGUGGGGAGUAUGAAGACUACGGUGACGAGUAUUACGACGAAGAACAGGAUGCAGAGGGCGAGGUUGAUGAAGCUAUGGACGCUGGGGCUCUCGGUCCGCACUCAGACGCUGGUGUUUACCAGGCCGGUACGCCUAUGGCGACCAAACCCUCCACACCAGCAGCCGACACAUCGGGCGACGAGAGUGACGGAUCGGAUGGUGAGGAUAAUGAUGAGCCGGGCGACGAAAUGGAUGAAGAGCAGCUGGAGCAACAACGCCAGCUACAGCAGCAGCGCGAGGAAAUUGACGAGCUGGAGGCUUUGAUCCGUGCCGAGACAGUCAAGUGGGAGAAUAUGCCGAACGCCAUUCUUAAGAACAAGCUGGCCAAGCGCAUCAAUGACCUGAAGCAGGAUCUGGCAUUGAAGAAGGUAUCCAUCGGAGAAGGAGACGAUGCUGAUGAUUGA